AUGCGACUUUCAAGUAUCCCACUCCAGUCGGUUCUCUUUGUCUCAUUUUUAUUCUUGUUUUGUUUUUCUGUGGUGCUCUCUCUCAAUGGGGACUCGGAGAUCUUAAUUCGGGUCAAGAAAGACCAGAUUGUCGACCCGGAUAGAAAGAUCAACAACUGGGUUCUUAGGGCCAACCACGGUCCAUGCAAUUGGUCUGGAAUCACUUGUGAUGCUCAGAAACAGUCUAUAGUUGGUAUUAAUCUAAACGGGUUUGGCAUCUCGGGCGGCUUUCCGAAUGGGUUCUGUGGAAUACGGACUCUCCGAAACCUCUCUUUAUCAGACAAUUCCCUCAACGGUACUCUUUCUGAUCGCACUGUCUCUCCUUGCUCUCAACUACAAGUCUUGGAACUCGCCGACAACUAUUUCACUGGCAAGUUACCGCAUUUCUCUCCGGGAUUUGAUAACUUAUUAGUUCUUGAUCUCUCUAACAACAUCUUCACGGGAGAAAUCCCGGACAGUUUCGGUCAGUUUCGGGCGUUAAAAGCGCUUAGACUUACCCAGAACUCGCUCAGUGGUUCAUUUCCUUCGUUUAUAGGCAACCUUAUUGAGUUGACGCACUUGGAGAUCGGAUAUAAUUCUUACAAGCCAGGUCCAUUACCUUCUAGUAUUGGAAAUCUAUUAAAGCUUGAAUUUUUAUGGUUAACUCAAUCGAAUCUCACAGGCGAAAUACCGGAAAUUGUAGGAAAGUUUGUACAUUUAAAAAAUUUCGAUUUGGCUGUAAAUUUUUUAUCCGGGAAAAUUCCUGACAGCAUUUCUCUGUUGACAAGUAUAGAGCAAAUUGAGCUCUAUAGGAACCAAUUAUCCGGUGAAUUACCUCCAAGUUUAGCCAGUUUAACCACUCUGCGGAGAUUUGAUGUCUCACAGAACAAUCUCACUGGAAAUAUACCUGUGAAUGUCGCUGCUUUGAGGCUUGAAUCAUUUCAUCUAAACGACAAUUUCUUCACAGGGGAAAUUCCGGAAACGUUAUCUUCAAAUCCGAAUUUACGAAGCCUAAAGCUGUACAAUAACAGUUUCACCGGAAAGUUACCAGAAAAUCUUGGAAGAAACUCCGAUUUAACAAACUUCGAUGUUUCAACUAAUGAUUUUACGGGUGACUUACCUCGGUAUCUCUGUUUCAGAAACAAGCUUCAAUCCAUUGUGAUAUUCAACAAUCGGUUCUCAGGAAAAAUUCCAGAAUCCUACGGGGACUGCAAAACGCUGACUUAUCUGCGUUUUAGCAACAACCAACUCUCCGGUAAAAUACCUACCAAGUUCUGGGGUCUCCCCGAAAUGAAACGUUUUGAAAUGUUUAAUAACAGCUUUGAAGGUUCAAUCUCUCCUUCAAUUUCUGCGGCUCGCAAACUCCGUAGUAUUAGCAUCAAGGCUAACAACUUCAGCGGCGAAAUUCCUUCAGAAAUAUGCAGCUUGCAUCAACUGCAAGUCAUGGAAUUUAAUCAAAACCAUCUCUUCGGUCCACUGCCUUCGUGUAUAACCCAAAUGAACAACUUACAGAAUCUUAAUUUGCAAGAUAACAAAUUCUCCGGGAAAUUACCCAGGAAAUUGAAUUUGUUGACCGCUUUGACUGAGUUGAAUCUGGCCAUCAAUCAGUUCACAGGUAAUAUUCCACCGGAGCUGGGAAAUUCACCGGUGUUAACGUAUUUGGAUCUCUCCAAUAAUUUGUUGACAGGCAAAAUCCCGGUGGAGUUAACCAAGUUGCAGCUCGAUCAGUUCAAUAUUUCAAAUAACAGAUUAUCCGGUAAGGUGCCUUCAGGUUUCGAUCGUCAGUUAUAUAUUUCUAGUUUAUUGGGUAACCCAAAUCUGUGCAGCCCGGGUUUAAAACCGCUCCAUCCAUGCCCCGGAACCGAACGGGGAAUUCCGUACCUAGUUGCGAUUGUUGCCAUUUGUGCAAUACUUCUCCUCGGGUUUCUCUUUUGGUUCUUCAAAAACAAAUCCAAAUUUAUUUCUAAACCCAAACGCCCGUGGAAAGUAACCACAUAUCAACGGGUCGGGUUCAGCGAAGAAGACAUAUGCUCCUACUUAAAAGAAGAGAACCUCAUAGGGGAAGGCAUCUCCGGUCGCGUCUAUAGAGUGAAGCUCGAAACGGGUCAAACCGUGGCAGUUAAGAAACUUUGUGGAGGUUUCGGGAAACCCGAAACAGAGUCCUUUUUCAGUUCCGAAAUUGAGACAUUGGGUCGGAUCCGCCAUUCAAAUAUUAUAAAAUUGUUAAUGUGUUGCAGUGGUGAGGAGGGCAGAAUUUUGGUGUAUGAAGAUAUGCAAAACGGGAGUUUGGGUGACGUGUUGCACGGAGAGAAGGGUGGCGCAUCUUUAUUAGAUUGGCCUGUUAGGUUCACGAUAGCACUAGGCGCUGCUGCAGGGUUGGCAUAUUUGCAUCACGACUGCGUGCCGGCUAUCGUGCACAGGGAUGUGAAGAGUAAGAAUAUAUUGUUGGACGCUGACAUGGUGCCACGAAUCGCUGAUUUUGGGCUGGCCAAGACGUUGCAAGGUGAUGUGGCUGGGGGUGAUGAUGGCACAUCGCGUAUUGCUGGAAGUUAUGGUUAUAUUGCGCCUGAGUAUGCGUACACAUCCAAAGUGACAGAGAAGAGCGAUGUAUACAGCUUUGGUGUAGUGUUGAUGGAACUAAUUACUGGUAAAAGGCCAAAUGAUCCUUUCUUUGGUGAGAAUAAGGAUAUAGUGACGUGGGUUACAGAGGCUGCUGUGUCAUUUCCGGAAAGCGAAAGUGAGAAUUGGUUGGGAGACUUGAGGCAAAUUGUGGAUCCAAAAAUGAAUCCAUCAAGCUCUGAUUAUGAAGAAAUUGAGAAGGUUUUGAGGGUAGCUUUUUUGUGUACCUCAACAUUUCCGAACAAGAGGCCUUCCAUGAGAAAGGUAGUUGAAUUGCUCAAGUUCAACCGAAAAAGAUUGCAGCAGUUUGAAGUUUAA